ACCGAAUCGAUUGUCUGGUCGUUGCUGCGUUGCAUAGAGAAUUUUCAACCUGGAAUUGUGUUCUUUUACCGACAGACUUCUGUCACAGGGUAUCAUUUCGCUCCAGCUGUUACUUUAGUGGAAUUUUUACAGGUUUGUGUCGCAUCUGGAGGUAAUUUGGUCAGGCUGUUAUCCAAAGGAGGCUUGCAGGAACUAUUUGCUGGGAUGCCGCCAUGAUACUAAGCUAGACUCUUUUCAUGGUUCUCUGCCGAUUCACUCGCUUGGAACACCAACUUAUUGCUAAUGUGUAAGUGCGACUAACAGCAUCCAAACUGGAUCCACUAGACGAUUUCGACCCGUCCAAAAUGGACGAUUAUAACGACGAUGGUGAGUAAAUCUGAUAGCGAUUAUUCUGCAAAUGUAAACUGGGCUAACAAACUUGUUGUGAAACCUGCACACACAAGCAGGCGUAUGGCGUUGAUUCUUAUGCAGAAUGCAAUCAAUAUGUGUGUUUGUUGCUUAGAUGACGGCAUACAGGACAAGUCUUCCCAUGGUAGACUUCGAAAAAGAAAGGCAAACCAGACCUUCAUGAUCAAAGAGUGAGUUUUUCUUCAAGGCUCUUACCGAAACGUGUUUUGAGUUGCGAGGUAUUUUAUGUCUGGCCAGCGUUGGUUAUGAUGUGGUGUGCGUUAUUUCAAUGCCUUCUCAAACUUUCCUACUUUUUCUGCUGUACAGGGAAGACUCGGAUGAUGAUGAUAUCGAAAAGGGUGACCAAAAAAUGCCCAGGUAAAGGAAAACUGACCAUUUUCUCCGCAGGACGUGUCUGAACUUUGUUGUGUAGUGAAAUAGUUAUAAUAAUUAGAUUGUAAGUUCGGUAGGAGGGACAUUGAAAACAAAGGACCCAACUACCGAAUGCUUGUUUUGACAUUGAAUUAUCUAAGCUUAUUUAUUUCCUGUAGUUGUUUGCUUUUCGAUCGAGACUUGCACUUUCGGUUAUUUUAGUUUGUGAUAUUCUGACCAAAGUCGGGCAGGGGUCGUGAUUUCAACGUUACAGAACAUGUCGUUUGUUUGAUAGUAAAUGUCUUGUUUGUAGCGAAAGUUAUGCCCGAUCCGUGGGCAAAGAUAUUUCUCAAGCUUCAAGUGCAAAAUGCUUAGUAGUAUUUUACUUUAACAAGCUCUCUUUUAAUGUUUACAGAACGUCGGACGAGUCUAACAAAGAGAAGUUUGCAAGGUAUGCUGUCUGUUUUCAGUCACGUACAUAGUUUUGCUAGCUACUAUCUACAUGGUUUUUUAUUUCAGCUAACAUUUUCGAAGCUAUCAAAACCAUUUUUAUUGUAAACGACUCGUAACUCUCUCUAUUUACAUCAUUUAUGUUAUGGCAAUCGAACACACGUUCACCAUUAACGUUUGCAUUGUCAGCUGUAAUUUUAAAAGCCGGUGGUAAGAUUUUCUUUUUUCCGUUUACCCUCGCAGAUGUUUUUUUCUUUUUCGUUCAAAAAUUUGUAAUGCAAUUUUCGUUAUUGUUAAACAGUCUCUGCGAAGAGUUAGGAAGUUGACGAAAGUACUAUUAAAUUAUUUUUGAAAACGCAUCGAUAUAUGAUCGAGAGCCCUUUAAACUUUCGUUGAGAAUGUGCUCAUGAAACAAUCCGGUGGGAAUUUAGUUUGCUUGUUAAGUAGGUAAGGGUAUACGUAACAUAAAAUUAUUUACCAAUAUUCUUUAAAAUCUGCCAUAUUAACUAAACAUGCUGUUUGGUUUUAAGAUUUUUUCAUAGAUAAUUGUAGUUGGCUUUGUGAAAGGAAUACAGGGUACAGAAUCACUCUCAUUUGAUUGCAAAUAAUUCUAAAACAGACAAACCUACAAAUUCCUUUCCUCUUAAAAAAAAAUUAGCCAGAUUAGUGAGGCAUGACUUGUAUUAUAUUUUGGGAAUAAACUUAAAUAUAUGCUCAACUUAUCAAUGUAACCAGGAGUAAGAUUGUUCUAAUGAAAAUUAUUGGUCUUUUGAGCCUCAGACAUGGUCUGACAAUGAGCAGGGUAAAUUUCAAAUGGAAACUGUUGAUCAAAGGGGAGGAGGAAGGGAGUUAGGAUACAGGUAGUGCUAGCAUUCUCUGUCUGCCUCUCACCACCCCCUUCAGUUUAUGAAAUUUACCACUCCCCCUCCUUUUAUUUCCAUCCAUACUUUGACUUGUGUGGGUGUGGUGAGAGCUGUACAUUGUAUCAUGUGGUAGCUUUUGGUUUUGUUACCUGGCCAUUAACCUCCCUAUAACUUUUCUUUAUACAGGGAGAACCAUAGUGAGAUUGAGAGGCGAAGAAGAAAUAAAAUGAAUGCUUAUAUAAACGAGUUAUCUGAUAUGGUACCAUCCUGUAAUGGAUUGGCUCGGAAACCAGAUAAACUCACUGUGCUUCGAAUGGCUGUGAACUACAUGAAAUCUCUCAGAGGACCAGGUAUGUCAACAACAAAGUCACUUUUCAAGUCUAGUUUGUGGUUUUUCAGUGUAUGGGUGGUUUAGGAAGAUAAGAGUGUCCCCUGAUUGGCUUCUCUUUAACACGGAAGGAAUAAUCAUGAGCCUAGCAAUUAAUUGGUUUCCAGAACAAGACACAAAAAGCUACCCCUUCCAGUGUGUUGAGAUAGACUGGACGUUAAAGAAGCAAUGACAUUUAGAUCGUAACAACUUUGAAUCCUGGUCUCUACCUUCAAUCUUGCUGCUAGUUUCUGCAAGUUUUUUUUUUAAUUAAAGACUGGUUAAUGUUUUGGUUGUCUUCUGAUCACAUUUAAUUUUUUUUCUUUGUUCCUUGUCUAAAGGCCAGGGUCCUAGUGAUGUAUCAUACAAGCCUUCAUUUCUCUCCGAUCAAGAACUUAAGCACCUUAUAUUGGAGGUAGGCCUGAUAUUUUAUUCUUAGGGCAAUUUUUUUUCAAUAUUAAAUUUAAUGUUACUUAAGAGAAAGAAGUAUAAUCUCUUGCAUCUUCUGAAGAUGGAAUUACCUUUUGGGCUAAAUUAUAGAUAAACAAACUUGUUAAUGUUCACAGGCAGCAGAUGGUUUCUUGUUUGUUGUGAAUUGCCGCACUGGAACUGUGGUGUAUGUUUCAGACUCUAUAACUCCAGUCCUCAACCAACCUCAGGUAACCUUCAGAUUCUGUUCUCAGCUUUGUAAAUAGAUAAAAACUCGUGAGGUAAACAGUGUAAACAGUAAUAGAGUAGACAACAAAAACUCAAUUGAAUGUAGUACCAUUUAUUAGGGGAAUGAAACCAUGUUUUUCACUUUCUUGCAUUCUCUGUGACCUAAAUGUUAGCACAACAGACUCUUGAUCAACUGGUCAGAGUUUAAAGCCUUGUUGGGUCAUUAGGUUGUGUUCUUUGGCAAAGACACAUUACUUUCACACUGCUCCUUGUCAAGCAGGGGUUAUGAAUAAAUAACCUGACAAACUGUGGAGAUUCACCCGCACUUUUUCCAAAAUCUCCUUGUAGUUAAGUGCUACAGUGGCUGGGAAAAAUUGUAAGGAUGGACAUUUAUGGUCCCCAAAGUAUCCAAAAAUAUUUUCUUUCUUCCUUUCUUUUUCUGAGAUAAUCUCUCUAUUUUUUGUUUGUUUGUUCUGUUUUGCAGAGUGCUUGGAUGAAUCAGGAAAUUUUUGACUUAGUUCAUCCUGAUGAUGCAGAGAAAAUUAGAGACCAGUUAUCUGCUACUGAGUCCCCAGAUGCAGGAAGGGUCCUUGACUUAAAGAGUAAGUGAUGUACAGCAGAUUAGUUACUAAGUUAACCUUGCACACCUUGACAUCAGAUUGUAUAUUCUUGAUACUGUUCGCUAUACAUUCCUCAAGGUGCUGACAAGGAGAAUUUGUGUAAUGACUAUGAGCUUCUGCAGUUGGUGUUCAUCUCCUUUAUUCUCCUAACCCUAAUGUUUGAUUUACAGGGUGAUUUUGUUAGGAGAAACUACUGUAAUUUGUGGCCAAUAACCUGCGGGUAAUCUGUUAAUUUUUUCACAAACAGUUGUUGGUGCGGGUUAUAGGAAGGCGCGGGUAAUACUAUAACUUUUAAAGCUUCCAGUGUAGUUAAAAACGAUAAACAGGAAAAAAACAGGUGAUAAGAUCCACUACAGAUACUCUUAAAAAAAAUUGUGCAAUAACUAAUUUAUUUCACGCAGACUGCUCCUUAUAAUAAGAGAAUUUAUUGCUCUCGAUGAAAGCCGAUGCAAAUCGAAAACAUACAAAACUUGAUAACAUAGCUUUUAUCUUGUUCAUACUCUUACUUUCUUACCUUGUCAAUGUCACAGCUCAAAAACAAUGAAGGAACUUUGUGUGAGUUGACAAUUUUAUUUUGUUUUUGGGUGCAGGUUAUCUGCCAGUGCAGGUAAUCUGUUGAAAUUUUUUUCUCGUUAUUGUAAAAAUUGAGCAAUGUGGGUGAUCUGCCACGUGGGUAAAUGGAGGGAAAUUAGGGUAAUGUUAAUCACUCUUAAGGGUCAAGGGGUUACUACAAUGGUAUUACCAAAGUUGUUUAUUGAGUAACAGUGAAAUGAAUUUGGUGAAAUCUUUGUUAGUUGAAUUUUCAAACAUUCUCUGUCAAGAUUUAUUUUCUCAUUAACAACUUUAAGCCUUCAUUCUUUUUUCUUCCUCUGUAUAGCUGGAAGUGUGAAAAAAGACAGCCAUGGAGGUAGGGGGACUGUUUUUAUAUUAAUUAAUUUUUUUUCUUUUUAAGUGUUUUGACCAAAAACUAAUUUCCAUUUCCCUUUCCUCUAUUCAGCUCUGUCAAGAAUGUAUUCCAACUCAAGGAGAAAUUUCAUUUGCCGCAUGAGAUGUGGAAAGGAAGAAAGUGAUAAUGCUGCAAGGGGAAAAGAUAAUCGUUUAAAACUUCUUGAUGAUGAAUAUGCCAUUGUGCACUGUACUGGCUAUAUUAAGGUAUAGGGGUAUGAAUUAAAAUAAGAUUUAAAUAACUUCACAUCUUCAAGUGAUCUCUUAUAUCCUCCUAAUUUCAUAAACCUCCUGCCUGACAUUUCUUAAGGUGCUCAUAGGGAUAAUUUUUUUAACAAUCGAGAGGUUCUCUAGGUGGUGAUCAGGUUCUAUUGUCUCCUGACCUUAAUGUGUGAUUUGGAGUUGAUAUUGUAAGGAGAAAUUAGAUACCAGUCACUACAAGGGCUGUGAGGGUCACUAAAGCCUUGAGAGUGGGUGACAGGACAAAGCGUGGCUCCCAAAGCUCCCAACUUGCAUUUGGACAUUGUACUUUCUCUUGUCACUCAUGUGAAAGCUAAGUGCUUGGUAGUUCUAAUACCACCUAAAAUUAACAGACAAAGCCUCAGAUAUCAUAUAGGAGAGUUAACCAUAUGAGCUCUUUGUUUGGUGGAAUUGUUUUCUCCCGGUGCUGGAAUGGUUGCUAGAGGUCUUUUGGUAGACUUAUUAUUUUCUUUUUUUUGUAGUUAUAGUUGAUGUUCAGGACCACUUUUUAAUUAUAACACAUGUGACAUUUGAGACAAAAAUAGAAAGCUCCACUCAUAGUAACACAAAUUUUUAUGUUUUCACACUAAGCUAACCCCCCCCCCUCCUGUUGCUCCCCCCUUCCCAUUUACUCAAGGGAUACAUGUCAGACAGGAAAAUAAUGUUUUAUGUUCCAUUACCAACAGUCCUUUGGAGGCAGCACAGCUGUAUGUGCAUCAGGAGAUGCAGAUACCUCAGAGAACAGCUGUUUGGUGACUAUUGGAAAACUUCAGCCAACAAGUAUACCCCAGAGCUCUGACUUGUUGGAUUCUCCUCCUGUGACAGAGUUUAUCUCUAGGCACAGCUUGGAUGGUAAAUUUACAUUUGUUGACCAGAGGUAGGUGUACAUCAAGUACAUAUCCCUAAUAUGUCUUUGCUGAAAUAUGCAAAAUAUUGACAGUGGAAGAAUAAAUGAAUCUCACAUUGAUUAAAUCAUUGCUCAAGGUACACUUGACCUGCAAUAACUCAAACAUUUAAGCUAUCAGGAGUUUGAUCAGUUAUGAAUGCUUGCGAGUCAAUUGUAAAUUGAAGUGCAGCACCUGUCUUAGCUUCGUAAACUCAUCUUUAAGUUAUGACAAAUAUUUCAUCACAGCAAAAAAUUGUUUCUUGUUAUUGUGUCUUUUAGAGUGUCAGAUGUUCUAGGAUACAAACCCCAAGAACUUCUUAAUGAAGUGUGUUAUGACUUUUUCCAUCCUGAUGACUUGGAACAUAUGAUGGAAAGUUAUCAACAAGGUACUUCUUCCUUGACUCCAAGGUCAUAAUUUAACAAGAAGUCACUCAUUGGUUUCAUACAACUUGUGCCAAGUGUAGUCCUUUUUUUUAACUAGCAUUAUUUCAUGUUUGCAGUAAUGAAACUAAAGGGACAAACACUUUCCGUGAGAUAUAGAUUCCGUGCUAAGGAGGGCAGCUGGGUGUGGCUUCGAACAAGCUGUCACAGUUUUCAAAAUCCUUACACUGAUGAAGCAGAAUACAUUGUUUGCACCAACUGCCGCGGUCAACCGUGAGUACAUACAAUCCACAUACAUUGUAGGACCUUGAGUUAGAUUCCAUACUUGUAUCUUUGUAUUAUCUGUAUAUCAUAUGGAGAACUCUUGUAGUGCUGUUAAGGCUGAAUAUUAAUCAUAGUAACCUUUACUAACCUACUUUUUCUUUUUUGCUGUCCAGUAGUGGCAAUAUGCAGCCUGUAACUCUAAACCUGUCCAGUCCAACUGUAAACUCCUCUCUCAGUGGGCCACUGACAGGCAGUACAGAUUAUUCUGAUAUAUCUCCUCGCACAGACCUAACAAGCCCCGACUCUGCAGUGUCUAUGUAUCAGAGACACCCCCAGCUUGCACCAGUACGAGAUGAAACCAUUCAUCGUUAUACACAAGGAGGUGCAGUCCCAAAAGGUGACACUCUAAGGUUGAUUAAUUCUUGGAUAAUAUUAUUGCAGCGUGACAGUAGGGUAUAGAAAAUGGUCAAAUUUUUAAUUUAAACAAUCUUGUCUUUGUUUUUCUCUUUUUCUUUUUUUUCAGUAUCCCCACGUUUGGAAGGUGGCUUGGAAGCUCUUUCCAAGGUUUGUAAUAUUUAAUCUCUCUUUACUCCUUUAAAUACAUCUUUUACUGAACUGUGCAAAAGAAAAGGUGGUGUAGGAAUCUGAAUUUUGCUGACAUUCUCACUGGUUGUGUCAGAAAACAUAGCUUGAGAGGUUCUCCUCUGUCUUCAGCUGAAUUUUCUUCCUGAUCUCCAAGUGAGUUGUAGGGUCCUCACUGUCUCAGAGUAACUCCUCGUGCAGAAGUAGUAACAGUUACCAGCAAGCCAUAGGUUAGUGUAGGCACAAGGUGUAACUAGUAGGUAAUGUGCAAUGGAUCACCAUCCACCAAGGAGGAGAAGCAACAUUCAAGGUCACUUCAAGCUACAAAAAACAGCUUAAGUUUUGAUCGCUGAGAGAGGAAGUCUCCUUAUUGACACAACUACUCCUUUUUACCUACUACCCUCCUUCCACAUGGCUAACACCAUAAUGUACCCAGGAGAGUUAAUUGAAGGGUUAUAUUUCCAGGCUAGUGAGCUUACUGACAAGCGAAGUAAUGUUUCGCCCAACACUCCUGCCGCUCAAGUACCUAAGAAAUCUGAAGGUGCAAUGGGUAUUCCAGUGUCUAGUGCAACAGCACAGAGACUUCCACCAGGAAUGAUACAACAUGCCAUGGAACAUGGCACUGGUAAGACACUAGAUGUCUAUUUGAGAGUCAAUUUUUGUUCCUAUUAUUUUGUUUCUAGCACUGUAUAGAGAUAGGCAUACAGUCAAAUAUAUUAAACUGACACCUUAAAAGAAUAAAUUAAUUAAUUUUUCAAUCUAAAAGAUUCAUUGAAAAUUAAAUGUGAAUGCUAUUACUAUUUGUUACAUCUGUAAACUUGUUUCUAAGGAAUGAAAUUUGAUGGAAAAGUAAAGCAAUGCAAAGUUUUGGCAAAGUUUAUCUAAGUUGAGAGAAAUCUAAAAUAUCCUUUACAUUUAACGAACUAGUAUCAUUGUACAUUGUACAUUGCCAUCAGGGCCCAAUUGUUCAACAGCUGAUUAGCGCUGACUCAAGGUUAAAUUUUAUUCUCGGUUUCUUUGAUUCCUUUAUUCAAAAGCCAGUUUGGGAUAAUUUUCUUGAUUCUCUUUCGAGCAUGCAGUCAUAACAUUUUAGACAAAAAAAUUCCGCUAAAUCUUUUUUUAAGCUUUCAGAUCUGAAAUAAAAUUUUACACUAAUCCUGGGUUAUCAUAACCCAGCUUUGAACAACCUGGCCCAGAAGUUUUUUUUUUUUCUUUUUUUUUCCCAGGGAUUUUAGAAGUAAUAAUUAAUAUGAAAGAUUGUGUGAAAGGAAGUUAAGAACAUUUUACCAGCAUACAUAUAUAAUUCACCCAAAAGAGGAAUUAACAAGCAUUUUCUUGUUUCUAACCAAUGAGGGUAGGAGAUGAAUUCGAAGUGUUUUUUGUGAAAGCAAUGAAUGGAGUCUCAUUUACCUGGAAAUUGUACUUAUGACACUGCUUCUGGUAAAACAAAAAGAACAGUUGGUAAAUAUUGUGUUGUAUCAUGUGUUAUUUUCUAGUUGACUUGGACAGUGCUGAGUUUUCUGCUGGCCAAGCUGGCAGUCUGCUUGCAGCCAUGGUUCAGCGGAGAAAUGCCAUGGCCGCUGCUGCAGUUUCUCAAGCUCAAACACAGCAGGGUGGGUACCCUCUCAUUUCUCAGAUGAAUGGCAACAUGGCCACAAUGAUGAGACCUGGAAACAUGGGAGGACAACAAAGAGCAAUGGGUCCAAUGUCACCAAUGGAGAUUAUGAGAGCACAAAUUCCACGUAACAUGCCUGACAUGAACUCCCCUGGAAUGAUGGGUUACGGCAGUGCUACAACAACCCGAAAUGGUCAAACCCCUGGGAAGAACACAGUGGACACUGGCCAAAAGAGUGGGUACCCACAGGUCAUGAAUGAUGGUGUAAGUGGAAGAGAUAUGAUUUCUGGAGCAUGGGCACACCAGAAUGUUAUGGCGAGACCUAUUAGAGAAGGUGAGAUGAAGCCAACAGCACCUGGAGGAAUGUCUCUUGCAUCACAGAUGGAUGCUGCCACACAACAAGGGAUGUACAGUGGAAUGAGACCACCUGGAGACCCAUCCAAUGUGCGAGGACCCACACCAGGAUAUCAUUACUACCAGUAACAGUAGAGAGCCCAGAAGUAGAAAAUAUACUCACUGAAAUGCAUGAAUCAGGACUUACUUAACUUUUUAUGUGCAGUAAAGUCAAAUCUGCCUAAAUGGUUUUCCACUGACAUCUCCCAUGGUAGGUCAAAAUGCAUGAGGCUCAAUGUAUCUUGCAAUCUUCACAGAAAAGAUCAAUAAUUUUCACUGGUGUUAUGUAACCAAUAUGGUAAUUGGCAAGAGGCAAAUAUUAUUUGCAAAAGAGCUUUGAGAAAAAAUUCACCACAGAGAAUGCUUCAAUAUGGAGACACUAGCUAUGACCAGGCUUAUUAUAUUUAACAAAGCUAGUUAGUAACUAUGACAUCAGAAAGAUCUGCAUAAGAAUCCAUGAAACAUGUUUCUUAACUGUAGGGUGAAACUUUAGAAGUGUGUUAGCAAGUAGUUUUUUUAAAAAAGAGGAUUACUAUAAUUAUGAAAGAUUUUUAUCUUGUUCCUUUUUGCUCUUGUCUUCAUUUUGUUAUUUGAUUAUCUGUCUUUCCUUCUUGAGAGAACUGGAAAGUUAUAGCAAAGUAUUUUUUGAACACAUGGUAUCUAUAGUUAAUAUUGUUUGUGAUAAGAAUUAUAGCUUUGAGUGUCACUGCAACCAUGGAACUUGCAAGUGAAAUAUACUUACUCCCAUACACAUAAGGCUUUAAACUGUGCAUUGUUGUGGAAACCUUUCCACUAUUGUGGUUAGUUCUGUUUAUUACAACUUUUUCUCUUUUGAUACUCAUUCUUGCAGGAACUUGUUAACUUGUACUCUUUAACAUGAUUAUUUUUUACCAUGGAAACAAUAUAAUCAAACAAAAUGGUUAUUGUUAAUGAUCUCCUAGCUGAAAGGAAACUUGUAUCAUAGGCUUAACAUGGAAUUAUUAUGGACUGUUCACAAGAAAAUCUUCACAUUCCAUUGAAAGUGCACAUUUUUGUAUUGUCCAAUUACAUAUACCAGAGAGAUUUUUAUCAUUCGUAUUCUCUAUAAGGAACAAUCUCCUCUGUGGGUUUCCUGUUGCAUUAGUGACUUUCACCAUAAAUGUUGUUGUUUUCAUGCCUCUAAAAAUGAUAGUGAAGCAGCUUGUAUAGCUGGUGGUAUUGUGUUUUGUGUGUGAGGCUAAAAGACAUAUCUCCUGCAUCUUAAUAAAGGGUCAUGUUCAUUAUGUGCAACCUGUUUUAAUCUCCCCUUUCCUGAGCUAUCCCUUCUUCUUUUUGGUUUGGUAUCACCUCUUGCAUUCUUCCUUACCAAACUAACUUUUUGGAUUCAUUGGCAAUCCAUUUUAACCUUCUUGACCCCUAGCCAUCCUUGCUCUCCCUCAGUUAAUUAUUGAUCCUUUUGGCAUUUUCUGUCCCACCAAACUAAUAUCUCGAAGUAUCCUUGAAGUUUUAGGGGGGGGGGGUUUCAUCAUUACCUGACCUUUCCUUGGUGGAAUUGGCUGCUAUGGCAAAUCUAACCUUGAUGCAAACAAUCCUGCUUGCCAUGUAGAUGGUGACAAAAGGUGCACACUUGUUAUCAAAAAAGAGGUAUCUAAGACCUCAAGACAGAUUGUAGUAUAUUUGUGGACAAAAGUAUUGGGUACAUAAUAACUGAUGCACAGAAAGGUGUUUGAGAAAAAAAAAUUUCAAGAAACUUUGUUUUAUUAAAAGUAGGUAUAGCCUUAGAUAUUGUUGUGUUAGUGUUGU